GAAAGCUAAAAUGAUGUGGGCUGCUGUUAAGGUAAAUCGCAUGACAACAAGAGUGGCAGGGGAUUGGAAAGGAAAGCAGUGACCAAACAAGGCCUAAAGUAAAACGGAAAGGAAAGGUUUGAUUAGCUUGACUUUGUGUUGAAUCUUGACAAUUUUUUGCCCUCGUUUUGAACUUUCUCUCUGUCCUAAGGAGAAACUCUGGGCCAUCCAUUUUCAGUUCGUCACCAACGGAGGGUUCCUGCAAGGAAAAUUACCAAGCAAGUCUUUAUUGAAAAGGUCGUUAUCCGGGGUAAGACUCGAACCGCUGACUAGGAAUUCCUGCUGGUUGGCGGGCCCAAAUAGGAGCGCCAUUAGGUGUUGUUGACAAGGAUCUACGGAGAAACAUUCGCCUCCAAGAUGACUUUACAACAUUGUUUGCUCCAAAUUUUAUUCCUGGUCUGCCUCUGUGAUGCAACUUUAGGAUGUACUCCUGGUGAAUCCCCUCUCAAGCUAGAGAAUCGCUCAGAUAGCUUCGUCAAGGGUUGCUAUUGUAAAAACGAAAGACUUUCUUUGUGCUUCGAGAUUCAGCGCGAGUUUGUACAACUGAUAGACACAAACAACAAUGUACUGGUGCAAUUUAGUAAGCCAAAUCGCCAAAGAACUCACGUAAAAGUAUUGGGGCACGAUUUCUUGUGUUUUACACCUCGAUUGAAAGAUAAACAUUUCUAUGUUUUGACUUACCUCAGAUACAAGGCAGUGGAAAGGAGAGUACCGAUGUUCAUGUCGAGAUCUCUCGCACGGAAAAUCAUCAAACGCAAGUUCAAAGAACUGUCCUAUGAAAGCAAUUCCCCAGGAAAUCAUCAAGUGUUCGUCAAAGAAAUUUUGCGAUCAACCAAACAUGGUGCAUAUUUUAAGAGGAAAGGAAGAAGAUCUCUAACUGAAAACGAAGUUGUAACGCUGGAGAAAAUCUCAGCAACUUUAUCCAAAUACUUGUCGAGUUCUCACCUGUCAAAAGUUAUGGAAAGAUGCAACUUGUUCUUUUUAGGUCUCAUCCGCUCCAGAGGAUCACUGGAGAACACUCCAAAGGAUCAUUUUAUUGAACGAUUUACAAGGAAUCACAUGGAUUAUGAAGUCAAUGUUGUUAAUCGCGUUUGUCCAUCAGGAAAAUCUCACAAACCUCCAAGAGGGACUGGCUACGAUAGUAACAUUGGGGCCAAUAAAAACGAGAAAUCGCACGAUUGCGAAGACAUGCGCAAUGGAUCAGACCAAGAAUGUUUUGGAAUGUGCGGGAAGAAAUGCUGGUGCUGGCACUGGGUGUGCGGCGAUUGUUGUUUGCACAAGGGUUGUCUGCAACACGAUGCAUGUUGCCGUUAUGCAAAUCCCCAGUAUUUAUCGACAUAUUGCCUUCUUCCGUUUGUUUACGGUUUUGAUUGCGAAAAUGGUUAUCACGGCUACCCAACUUGUCUGCAUAGGUGAAUCUCCUUUGUUGCUUAUCGAAUGGGAACUUCCUUUGACGCGUGGGAAAUAGGAGAUUUCUCCGUCUAAGGUCGAUUUAACCUUGUUGUUUCAUUGCCUGACGAUAAUAUACAUGACUUUUGAACAAUGUUUCAAAAUAUUGUUAAAUUUUUCAUGAGGACAUUUGCUAGGAGACGAAGGAUCACGUUAACAUCAUUUCCCAGGGUUCUUUAUUG